AUGAGUAGUCCAACAGUUGAGAGCUUUGCUCGGGUUCUCUAUUCGAAUGCAUCCUCUGAUCAGAUGGUAAAGCAUUCGGUCUUUAUUGAUGUCAAACACAUUUUUGGCGCUUCGGAUGAAUUGUUCCAAUUCGUCGAUUUUAUCCUCUUUGACAAAAUGGUCGCAAAUGUUGUCCACUUUGAGCUGUCGAAUGCGAAGGCCGGGUUUCAGGAGGCCUUAGAGAAAGUGAUGGUCAAUAGAACCGUACAAGAUGUUAGUUCUCAUAAUUACUUAUUGUCAUCAGUGCUGGUAAUCGCCCACCGGCUGAGUACAAUACAAAACGCCGAUACGAUUGUUGUUAUAUCAAAGGGAAGGAUAGCAGAAAUGGGAACUCAUUCACAACUCAUCAAAGAUAAGCGUUUGUAUUGGAAUCUAAUUCGGCAACAAUUUGACACAAACGAUGGCUAA